UGUUAUUUUCUUCGAUAGAUUAUUCUGUAUUUUUUUGUUAUUAGGUAUAUCGGGGUUGUAAAUAAAGUAAAAGAUAGAAGUGACCAAGUUCAGUUGUAGAAUAAUGUUCAACAGUAACGUAAAACUUCAAGAAAAUAAAUGCAUUUGGAUAAGAAAAAAAAAUCUCUUAGGAAUUCCCAUACGUCUUCAGCUGUUGAUAUAAAGCGAUGCUCAUAGCAUUUCCCAGAACUCUGUAAACUCUGCUCAUUCGUUAAACGCCUUCCUUUUUUCCUAAAAAUGGAACUAGAAACGUCGUCAUCAAUAAUUUCAAAAUAUUCUACCAACAGAGCCGUUACUCUUCAUACAUACGAAGCUUUUAAGUAUCAUUGGUUUGUUUGGCAGUUUUGUGGAUUAAAAUAUCCGAAAAAUCACAAUUGGAAGUUACUUUACACUGUUUAUGCAAUUAUUCUUAAUGCAACCGUAACUUUGUUUUUCCCACUCACACUUAUUGUAAAUUGCUUUCUUUCGGAAAAUUUUACAGAGCUUUGUGAAAAUCUGUAUAUUACAAUAACAGACGUUAUUUGUAAUUUGAAAUUUUUGAACGUUUUCAUAGUGCGUAAAAAACUACUUGCUGUAAAGGACAUUCUAGAUAGAUUGGACACUCGGGCUAAAACUGAUGAUGAAAUACAUGCCUUGCGAAUGGGCAUAAGAUCAGCUCAUAAGUGUUUUUGCAUUUUUGCUAUAAUGUUUGGAUGUGCUAUUAUCACUAGUCAAUUGGUUGUGUAUUUAUCGAGUGAGCGGACUCUAAUGUAUCCUGCUUGGCUUCCACUGAAUUGGAAAACUUCUUAUCGUGAUUUUUUAAUUGCACAUUCGUAUCAAGUUUAUGGGUUAACAGUGCAGGCAAUUCAAGACUUGGGCAAUGAUACAUAUCCACAGGCAUACUUGAGAAUUCUUUGUGCUCAUAUCGAGGCUUUGUCGUUAAGGAUUUCAAAAUUGGGUAAUAAGAAAGGAAUGAAUUCGAAGGAAGUCAACAAGGAGCUAAUUGAAUGCAUUAAAGAUCAUCAGAUCAUUAUUGAGUUGCACAAAACUAUACAACAAAUAAUUUCAACAGCUUGUUUGGCUCAAUUUAUGUGCACUGGACUAGCUCAAUGUACAAUAGGUGUUUACAUGCUCUACGUCGGAUUGGACUUUUCGAAACUUUUAAAUAUUGUUAUAUUCUUUACUGCUGUAACUUUUGAGAUUUUUAUUUUGUGUCAUUUUGGUGAUCAACUUUGCCAAAGAGCCGAACAAUUGACUGUAGCUAUUUAUUCUUGUAAUUGGAUGGAUCAGAAUAAGAAAUUUAAACAGGCACUUUUGUUGCUUUUGAAGCGAUCGCAGAGACCACUUGUUAUAAUGGCUGGUGAUUUGAUACCACUUAAAUUGCCAACUUUUGUUCGGGUCAUGAAGACAGCUUACUCGACAUUUGCUGUACUAAGUGAAGUUAAAUAAAUAAGAAGAUAAAUCGAUUUGGUAUUAUAG